AUGCCUGACUCGAUUGCCGAACCAUAUACAAUCCCAAUCUUUCACGCUCGUUCCCAUCCCACCGGACGUCCCAUCCUUCCUAUCCACAGCGCCGACCCAAACAAUACCAGACGAUCUCACGAAAUCGAACUAAGCGAAUACCAGUCUGAGAAACCACAAUACACCGGUGCCCCUCGAUCCAAACCCCGAACAUCACCCGGAAAGGAAGACGAGGGAGAGAGCGAAGAGGAAGAGGAAGACUCCGAGAGUGACACAUCGGAAAAAGAACACCUCGUGGUUGCGGAAGGCUCUGAUUCCCCUAUGCAACGCAGGAAGUCAAAGAAAACAAAAGACAAGAGAUCGUCAUCUCGCCCAGAUCUUCGCCUCGAAAUCAAUCAGAACGGCCACGCGAAUGGCCACGCAAACGGUGACAUGAAUUCCCACGUUGAGAUGAGACGUAAACACGUCCCGAACGACGACCCCACGACGCAUGCUACCCGAGUUAUGAGCAGAGAUGACUUUUCCUUGGACCAUGAGCCGCCCCCUCAAACACCGCAAACACCUGGCAUGGUCAAUACCAGCUUCGUCGAUCUUCCCCCGAAAGACAAGAAGAAUUUUCUCCUUCUCUGCCUGCUUUAUUUCCUCCAGGGCAUUCCCUUGGGUCUGGCCUCGGGAUCUGUCCCUUUUCUGUUAAAAAGUUAUCUAUCAUAUGGUCAAAUCGGCAUCUUCUCUCUGGCCAUAUACCCUUAUUCGUUGAAGCUGCUCUGGAGUCCGAUCGUGGAUGCGGUGUGGAGUCGGAGGUUUGGACGCAGGAAGAGUUGGAUCACUCCCAUUCAAACGAUCUCCGGAUUGUCCAUGAUUUACCUGGGCGGUCAAAUUGAUGAGAUGAUGAGGGCUACGGGCGACAAUGACGGAGCUGGGGUCUGGGGUUUCACUGGCUGGUGGUUUCUUCUAGUCUUCAUGUGCGCCACCCAGGACAUUGCAGUGGACGGAUGGGCCAUUUCACUUCUCUCGAUCCAGAACAUAUCGUAUGCCUCAACAGCACAGACAGUCGGCUUGACUGCCGGCUCUUUCCUGUCACACACCGUCUUCCUCGCGCUCCAGGCACCAGAUUUCGCCAACAGGUGGUUCAGGGCUGUCCCCAAGGAGUAUGGCCUCUUCACGCUCGGCGGCUACAUGACCUUUUGGGGCUGGGUUUAUCUCAUCGUCACAGUGGGUUUGGCUGUCUUGAAACGGGAGGAGAAGAACAAUGAGCGGGAGGGUAUUAUGGAAGUAUACCGAUCCAUGUGGGCAGUGCUCAAACUCCCCAAUGUUCUCACCAUCAUUGCUGUUCACCUUGUCAGCAAACUCGGAUUUGUGACCAACGAUGCAGUCACGAAUCUCAAGCUCCUUGACAAGGGCUUUGGACAGGCAAAUAUGGCCCUCGUUGUCCUCAUUGAUUUCCCCUUUGAACUGGGCUUGGGAUACUACGCCGGGAAAUGGUCCACGGAGUAUACGCCACUGAAGGUAUGGUGUUGGGCUUAUACCGCCCGGCUCCUCGCGGCUGUCUUUGGGCAGAUUACAAUUAUGAUCUACCCGACUGCGCCCGACGAGGCUGUUCCCGUGUGGUACAUGCUGGUGGUGAUUGCCGCACAUGUCUCAUCAACGUUCAUGAAUACAGUCAUGUUUGUUGCUUCAGCUGCGUUUCACGCUCGGAUUGCUGAUCCAACGAUUGGCGGGACAUAUAUGACAUUGUUGGCUACUGUGUCGAAUCUUGGGGGAACGUUCCCGAAAUUUUUCAUUCUCAAACUGGUGGACCUCUUCACUAAAGCGACCUGCAUUCCGCCGGCUGACCCAGACACGUUCCUCAAAUCUCAUCCGGACGCUACACUCGUUACCAGCAGCUUCAGUUGUGCUCUUGAGGCAGACAAAAACGUCUGCUUGAAGGGAGGUGGGACCUGCCUGAUGCAACGUGAUGGAUAUUAUAUCACCAACGUCAUUUUUGUGAUUGUCGGAGCGGUGCUAUUUUGGACUUACGUGGAGAGGAAAGCCCUUGCACUGCAAGCGCUACCAUUACGCGCGUGGAGGGUUGGGGAUCACUCGUACCGCCGCGUGCCGUCGGGCUGA